GAGAACAAAUAAAGGUUGGUUGUUAAAUUUCACUUUUAAUCUUUGUUAUGCAAUAUGUUUAUCCAUUAAUUUCUCUUUGAUUCUAUCAUUGAUAAUAAUUAGCUUUCAAAAAUUGAUUACUGAGGCCCUCUUAUUCUAGUCCAAUUUAGUUUCUGUCUGAAAAUACUACGUUUCGUGGUCGAUUUUGUUCAUCUUGUAUUCUGCUCAUCAUCUUCUACGGCUAAGGAUUCCUAGCUUUGCUUCUUUGUUUGAGUCUCGAAAUCUUAAUCACCAUUCUUUCCUGAUUGUGAAUAUUUAACCCAUAAAAUGGACCAAGGAGCAGCUCAAAAUCCCCCUAAAGGUGAUCAAAUUGGGGCAGUCCCUCAACCAGAAAUAAAAGAUAUGGGAGACAUAGCAAAUUUUGUGCAGACACUUUUGCAACAAGUUCAAGAUAAAUUCCAAGUGAUGUCUGAGCAGAUAUUGAAUAGAAUUGAUGAAAUGGGCCACCGAAUCGAUGAUUUAGAGCAAAAUUUAAAUGAAGUUAUCCAACAAACUGGUAUUACUGAUGAAAUGAUAUCCAAUUCAGCAUCUCAACAGAUUACCAAGAGUAGUUCUAUGCCGACUGAUAAACCACCUUUGUCAAGCAACUAAAGUCCCAAUGAAUAUAUCCAAUUGUUUCAGGAAAUCAAGCUAUUCAAAUACUGAGCUUGUAAGAAAAUGAUGCACUUUUAAUUUACUGUUUUUUCACUUCUAUCCUUCUCAAGCUCAAUCGAUUCACCAAAUUUAUCAUCAAUUUGUCUAUUGCCAAUUGGGUUGUUAUAUUCAAUACUCAAUAGGCUAUUAUUCACCAAUAAACAUAAAAAAAUAUGCAA